UUUGUGUUUGUAUUUAUAAAAUACCGAAUACGAUUGACUUUGAAAAAGUCGGAAGAAAAAGCAAAAAAGUAGGAUGUAUUUAUUUGUUUGAUAACUUUAGUUAUAAUAGUGAACAAUGAGCUUAAAACGAAUUUCUCAAACAAAUGAAACCACUCUAACAAGUCAACCUAAGAAUCCAAGGCGGGAAGACUAUUUCAAGUCUACAUUAAAAGACUGUGGUUUACUUAUAAAACAUCCACCUGUUAAGUGUGUUACUACUGUGGAAGUUGUGGUUCUUAUUCGUAAUAUUAAGAAGGCGUUGCAACAACAUGUCGACUAUCCUCAAAAUGUGUCAAAAUUCUACUCGAGUUUGGCAGAAGAAUGUAAGGACAUUAAUAUAUUUAGGUACUAUUUGUUUCCAAAUAUUGUUCGGAGCACCGACGACAGUGAAAUUUCGGUAAGCGACAGUGUAAUAAGAAUACUUUUAAAUAUACCAAUACUUCAAAACAAACUGGUAAAUUAUGUAUUUGAACUGGCUAUUGAUUUGGCUGCUGAAUCUAAGUGUGCGUCUUGGAUACGAAUGAUUCUCAAAUGCUUUUCUGGCUUAGAUAAUAUAGUUGAUGGGGAAAAAAUAGCCACACAUAUUAUAAACCUGUUGGAUGUUACUAUGGAAAAAAUAGUUAAAUUAGAAAUAGUGACAGCCAUACCUGAUAUAAUUGGAGACCAGGAACAUGACAAUAUUGCUACUGAAAUAAGCCGAAUAAUGAGUGAAGAUCAUGAUCUGAUUCCAGCCAUUCUGGACUGCUUAUCAUAUCUGUGUUUAUCUGAAGAACAAUAUGAGCGACUGCAAAAAAGGACUUUAAACAUUCUAACAGUAUUAUCUAAAUGUCAUCACUUUCCAAAUUUUGUUAAAUUUCUUCUGAUGCCGGGAUCUAAAGAUAACAAUGUAUAUAAAGAAGCAGUACAUGGGCUAAGAAAUGCUCUAGGUUGGCCAUCUUCAAUAUCAAAGCCUCAGGAUAUAGCCACCAGUCAAAUCCUUACGGCAUCUGCAAUAAGGAAUUCAAUAAUAUCUUCAAAACUUGUUGCAAACUGUUGGAUGAAGGCAAUUUCUGGAUGUAAAAUAAAUGCUGAUCAUAAGGCAAUAGAUUUUAUUAUACUGUUGAUUUUCUUUUCUGUCUCUGAAGAAAAACAAAAGCAAGCUGAAAACGUACUAAAGAAGCAAAUUAAACUUAACAUUUUAAGAGUUGAUUUGAUUGAUGAAGUGUUCGAAAAUUUUAUUCCCAUUUUAAAGGAAUACAUAAAACAUUUAAUUAAUUUGACUAAUAGUCUAUUGAAAAAUUCUACAGAACCAAUGUUGCAAACAUUUUCUUCCCAUAUUUACAUGUUAAUGUUUAGCAAACUACUAGAUUGUAGUCAAACUGUAGUCGCAGAGCUCCUACAAUUAGGACUAACAAAUAAAAACUGCCUGCUGAGCAUUUUAUCUAUAUUGAACAGUGUAGCAGAAAAUGAUAUUAGCUUACUUAAACCCCAAAGUAUACAAAUGCUGAUGUUGCUGGAUAGAACUGAUGAUAUGUCCCUAUCAGAAAUAAAGGCAGUGAUGAACCUUGUUUGUGGCUUGGCAUAUAGUUUUGAAAAUUCUGUUAUCAGGGAUGACAUCCACAUGAUAAUAAGGAAAGAAUUGGGAAGCUCUAAUCUACAAAUUAAGACACAAGGAAUACUAGCUGGGACUCAUGCUGUGAAAUACCUCAUUAAAUCCACUAUAGAUGAAAAUGAUGUGGCAGAACCACCAGAAGAUGUAACUUAUGGAUCCAUAAGCCAUUUCCCUGAAGGCGAUCUUCAUGAAGCAGCUCAAAUUAUUGAGUUAAUUAAUCGCAGCACAAGAAGAUUUCCAAACAUGAUUACAUUGUUUUAUGACGAACUGAGUAACAUUAUAACUACAUUACCAAGCAUCAGUAAACAAUUCCUGGCUUGGAUAGCUGAUGCAGUCACUAAUGAUUUACAACAUAAUUUUAUUGUUGAUAACAUAGAAUGUGACAGGAUUGGUGACAUAAAAUUGGGAAUGCAAUAUUGCCUAAAUACCGAUAGUGAAAUGGAUGAAAUGAUUGCUAUAAACAUUGGAGGAUUGAUUUUGCAGGAAAAAGACGACGUCAAUAUUUUCAUGUUGCCGCCUCUUUUCCAUGCUGUUCAGAUACUUCACAAGAAAAAAUAUGAGUCAGAUCUUUCAAGUAUAGAUGCACUAUUAGGAUGCCCUGUUGUCAUGCCCAUAUUUGAUGUCGAUUCUAUUGAAGACAUGAGCAACCCAGCUGUCAUAAAUAUUUUGGAUUGUUUAGUACAUUGUUCUAAUUGGUUUCGGGAGCUUAUAAAUGCUUUCGCUUCUCAAUCAGAUCUUGGUCUUAGAUCAAAAAUAUUUCUCAGGAUCAUGCAUAUUCACAAAAUAGAAACUAUAAUAAACCAAAUUUUGCUAAAAAUCAAUUUUAAGUAUACUCCUCCGUCUUAUUUGAUCAACUUUAAAGGCAAUAUCGGUGAAAAAUCUGUACCAAAAGCACUCAACAGUAAACCUGCUAAUAAUAAAAAGAAGCACAAUCAGGACGAUUCUGUACUACCGGAGACAGGGCGCACGCAAGCCACACAAAAUAAUUUGCGUUCAAUCCAAAACAAAAUUGGUGUAAUGGACAAUGCAUUUUUUAGAUCACUGGAUUUGAGUUUGCUGGAUUUAUUAAACGCUGAAUUAGUGGGCGAUAACGAAGCAGAUACAGGACUUACAACCGAAAUACUAGUAUUUAUAUUACAGUACGUAAAUUCUAAUCUAGAAAAAGUUCUUUUAUCAAAGAUAAAACGUAAUAACUUUCUAAGCAAAGAAGAUAAUGUUGAAAUGUAUAAUAGUUCAAAAGCUGAGGAAUGCGCUAGGAAAGUUCAUGAUGUUUUACCUAAAGUCGUCGAACACUUGAAAUUUGUCAUCGCACAUUUGGAUAAUCAUUUGCAUACAAAUUCUCAAAACGAAUUAAUUUCAUAUCCUCCUGAAAUGCAUCGAUAUGUUUUAUGCUUGGAAUACAUUUACAAUCUUUUCACUAUUUAUUUUAGGUGGAUUGGAUUCAAAAAUCAAAACAUAGCUUUAUUGAAAUCUUCAUUGCGUACUAUUUUUAAUGUGGAUAAUGAUAAUUCUGUUUCCUUAAAAGACUUGGUGUUCGCUGUGGCAAAAUACGUACAGAAACAUGAGAAAUAUUGCGUUCAGAUUUCAAGUGCAGUAGCGCUUUUAGAAUUUUUAAAUAUCAUUAAAGACUUUAGUGCUAGUAGCUCGACUACAGUGUCAAAAAUUCAAAGGGAACUUGCAAACAAUUUCUUAUCUCAGUCAUGGCAAACUCUAGAUGGUAUUUUAGAAAAAGGGCUUGCAUUUAAUCAAAAUCUAGACAUUAUAGCUAAAGUGUUUUUCAUAAAUAACGAAGUUCUAUCUCUAAAGAAUAUCAGUUUAUUAUUGGUUAAUGAAAUUGAAGCACUUAAAAGUCGAAAUAACACGCUUAAUACAUUUAAAUGUAUUAAUAAAGCUAAUUUCCCAGUUAUUUAUCGAAACCUUGGCACUGCUUUACAAGAUGUUACAAAAAGUCGAUUAAACAAGGGCCUGACAAAUAACGAGCAUUUAGAACUAUGGAAAGAUGUGGCGAUUAUACUAAGAUGUAUGUCUGAAAUAUCUAAAACGCUCGAAAACAGAAAUAAUUUAACAGCCUUCUUUAAAAAGACUUUACCGAUGAUUAAGCUGUUUAUUUCACAAGGAAUACCAAUACUGGAGUUAGAAUUCAAGAGCAGAACACAGGAGAUUUUGGAAAUAUUAAAAAUCCUUCAACAAACUACACGAUUUUUGCAGUCCUUAUGUUGUCACUCCCGUUUGAAAAAAGAUACAGCACUCAUGAGUAAAGUACCAGACAUGAGGCAACAGCUUGAGACGCUGAUCUAUAAAGUUAAAGCAGUUUUAACAGCAAACAAAUGCUCGGAAGCAUUUUGGAUGGGCAAUCUAAAGAAUAAGAAUAUUCACGGUGAGAUAAUAGCUUCACAGGAAAGUGUCGAGACAGAGGAAUCUGUGGAAGACUGCGACGAACAGCUGCCUGAUGAUAGUGACAAUACUGACGACGAGAUGUUAGAUCCUGAUUCAAAAAGCUUGAGCGAUAUAGUUUAGCCGAAACGAUUCAAGUCAAGUUUUUGUAAGUUACUGGAAAGCAAGCACGUCAGUGCCUUGACCAAGAAAUACAUCAACUUCAAGGAAAAAUAAUAAACAACCCUUUUAAUAUUAUUAUUAGUUCUGGCGGCUGUGAUAAUUGAAAUUUAGUACAUACUUAAU